AUGAGGGUGCUAAAGAUGAUCAAGAGGCGCCAAGGCGCGUUCACGUACAUAAUUGAAAACGUGGAUAUGACCGAGGACCCAAGGCCACUCGUGCAAGCCGCAAACGAGGAGAUCACGGCAGAGCUGGGGGAAGGAGUGGCGUGGGAUGCUGCUCAGAACGGGAGCCGCUCUCACCGCUCUAGACGGUACUGGCAGAACGUUGUGCCAGAAGCAGCACUUCGGUACCAACUGUCACGCAUGGAAAGGCCAAAAGCCAGACUGGUGGCGGACAUCUUGGAGCCUGGGCAACUAGCAGCACCCGUGACACACACCGAUCACCCCGCGCAGUAUCCGUGCAACAAGGUGGGGGAGCCACGUCAGGCGUGGCCAACGAUGGUGGCGUUCGAGCGCGCGAGAGGCUUCAUGGAGGUCAACGGAGUGGCGGGUCCAGGCAUGGUGUUCGACCAAGCCUGGGGCGAAUGGGAAGAGUCGACCACGCAGGAGAGAGAGUUGGCCAUGGGAUUCCUAGCGGGAGCGACAGCAUGCCCGCAGAUGACAGAGAAGGAGAUGAGAGGGGCUUUGGGCAGGGCAUUGGACCUCAAUGCCCUGCACUGGCUCAUCACCACCAUGGACUUCGACAUGGAUGGUGACUACUUCGACCCCCCAGACUGGCCGCCGAUUGGUCCAGUGCACAUGUCGCUAGACCUCACCCCAGAGGGAGCAGCAGCGGAGGCCGAAGGAGGCAGGAAUGGGCAGCAGGAAGGGGUGGGGAAAGUUACCAUCGGGGGGCAAGAGGUGGCUGGACCAGUGGCUCGACUGCCAGCAUGGGACAUAGGAGAAGGCUUGCAAGGGAGCCAGAGGGAGGGGGUGGAUUGA